UGGUUUAUUACCUUUGACGUAGACCGGCAUUUUCCCACAACACCCUGCUCCAGCUCGCACGGAUGACGAAAAUGGCGGACAGCGCAUCAUCGGUCGAAAUCGUCGAGGGCUGCCGCCUUCCCGUUCUUCGUAAGAACCAGGAGCACGAGGACGAGUGGCCCUUGGCGGAGAUUCUAAGUGUAAAGGAAGUAUCUGGAAGAAAGCUCUACUAUGUUCACUAUAUUGACUUCAACAAGCGUCUGGAUGAGUGGGUCACGUCGGAUCGGCUGGACAUGAAAAAGCUCCAGUUCCCUAAAAAGGAAGCUAAAACUCCAACCAAGAACGGUCUUCCAGGCUCACGCCCCAGUUCACCUGAGCGAGAAGUGAGGAAGAGUCUAGAUCUCAACCUUCAAACUGCCACAGCUCCUUCCAGAGGCAAAACUCUCCCCACUCCGAAGAGGAAAGUGGAGACGGUCCCCUUGGUAACGCAGGUACCUCCAGCACCCCCAGUGCCGUCCCUCCCAAGUACAGCAGAGGCAUCUCAAGCGGCUGUUUUCCCCGUUGCGAGAGACGCCAACACUUUUAAGACACGAGAAGACCACGACCAGCUCUCCUCCCUCACAACAAAUGGAACCACUCGAAGACUCAUCCCAUCUCAGCCCGGUAGGAAAAGGAAAGCUAAUUGUGGAGCUACUGAUGAGAUGAUAAAGGUUUUGCAGUAUAACAAGCCCCAAAGUGCCAGUGUCUUUCUACCACCACCAGAGGAUUCACAGGACAGCUCUGAUGGCAUCCCGUCCGCUCCCCGCAUGACGGGCAGUCUGGUGUCGGACCGUAGCCAUGAUGACAUUGUCACUCGAAUGAAAAACAUCGAGUGUAUAGAGCUCGGACGACACCGAUUGAAGCCGUGGUAUUUUUCACCAUACCCACAGGAACUCACGUCGCUGCCCAUUCUCUACCUCUGUGAAUUCUGCCUCAAGUACCUGAAAAGUCUCAAGUGUCUUCAGAGACAUUUGACUAAAUGUAACCUCAGACAUCCUCCUGGCAACGAGAUCUAUCGUAAAGGAACCAUCUCUUUCUUCGAAAUUGACGGCAGAAAAAACAAAAACUAUUCCCAGAACUUGUGUUUGCUUGCAAAGUGUUUCCUGGACCAUAAAACACUUUACUACGACACAGACCCUUUCCUCUUCUAUGUAAUGACAGAGUAUGAUGCCAAAGGCUUCCACAUAGUGGGAUACUUUUCUAAGGAAAAAGAGUCAACCGAGGAUUAUAAUGUAGCCUGUAUCCUGACUUUGCCUCCAUAUCAGCGAAGAGGUUACGGGAAACUGCUCAUUGAGUUUAGCUACGAGCUGUCCAAGGUGGAAGGAAAGACUGGCACACCCGAAAAGCCACUCUCAGAUCUGGGCCUGUUGUCUUAUCGCUCCUACUGGUCUCAGACCAUCCUGGAGAUUCUCAUGGAUCUCAAGCCAGAUAAUGGCGAGAGGCCGCAGAUCACAAUUAAUGAGAUCAGUGAGAUUACAAGCGUAAAGAAGGAAGACGUCAUUUCAACACUGCAGUACCUCAACCUCAUCAACUAUUACAAGGGCCAGUACAUCCUGACUUUGUCAGAGGACAUUGUGGACGGACAUGAAAGAGCCAUGCAGAAAAGACACCUGCGCAUAGAUCCAAAAUGUCUUCAUUUCACACCAAAAGACUGGAGCAAGAGGGGAAAGUGGUAGAACCCCCAUCAGAACACAUGGACAACAGAUGUGAAGCUGGGAUCAGAUAAAGGUUUCCCAACACAGAAACCUUUUUUUCCAACCCAGGAUAAGUAUGAAAAAAGAACUACAUAAUCUUUUAUUGUGAAUAUUCAUUAUCUAUAUUAGGACUCUCAAAGAGACUUGUGAACAGUGACUGUCAACACAAUCUGCAACACUCCCCCUGCUGUGUCCUCAGCCCACCUCACAACCUUAAACACUGUCCAUGCUGUGUUCAGUAGUAACUCAACAUUGAUUCUGGAUGUUAUUUUCUGUACUGACUGAAGUUGAUUACUUCUCUCAAGUGCAGCAGGGAAAGUUGUGUCCCAUCAGUGAAAAUAUUUUAAUUAGUUAAAUUAUGUAUCCGUGUUCUUUGUGAGCGGGUAAAAAACAAUUCUGCGCGUCAUUUUCUAGUUUGCAGUUUUUGCUGCAAUGCAAGAUUGAUGCAGUCGACCCACGGGGAAAUUUCUAGCACUUCUCUCAAUGUGUUUAAUCAUCACCAGACCUAAUGCUGUGUUGUGAACUCCUGUCAAGGUUUUAAUGUAUUUUAGUGGUCUUCUGCAAUGCUGCUCAACUCUCAUCGCAAUUCAAACAAACAUGAUAGAAGCCCACUACACUGAUAGCAACUAUCAAGAUCAAAGUCACCAAAUGCCUAGGAAAUGUGCGAGUAGUUACCAACAGACAAUAAAAACUGUAUUUUAGGCACCAGCAUAGUCAAUACAGUGACAGUAGUGGUGAAGCAAUUUGUUUCCUCUUAUGAAAUUGUUUCAUGCUCUAUUAUGCUGGGGAUUUUAUGUUUACCUUCUAAAACAUGUAAUGUGCAAUGAGACGAAUCACUUCCACGUUUUGUGUAAAUUGUACAUACCAGAUCUGAUUGUACACUUUGAACACACAAGCCAUGUUGAACUGUUAGAGCAAUGUAAAUUUGGUGUACAGUUGGUGUCGACUUCAUUGUUUUUUUACAUAUUGUAAAGUAACUGCACAAUAGGAACACAGAAGUGAUUUACAGUGUGUGGUUUAUGUUUGUCAGAGAGCUUACUGUUGAAAUAAUGUCAGUACAUUCAAGUGCAACACUUUUUUGAGUAUUAAGUUUGAUAUGAAAACUUUUUGACUUGGGAGAAAUGUCAUCAAAUUAAAAAAACUAAUGUGGCUUAAUGUGAUCUAUUUUUGCCUUUAUAAGUUUUUUAAAUUGAAAAAUGUUUUCUAGCAAGACAAAUGAAGGAAAUUGAACAAGAGGUGUGAGUACAUGUGAAUGUUUGUGCCAGAUUAAAUGUAACCAGUCAACUCAUUUCUGUUUUUUCUGUAGGCCCUACUGUAUUAAGCACAUUUUGACUUAUGCCCACCAAGUGCUAGUAGGCUAUUAUCAGGUAGGACUUGACUGGAGCUGCAUUGCUAUAUGUACGAUACAGUGCAUCCGGAAAGUAUUCAUAGCGCUUCACUAUUUCCA